AUGUCAGGACUACACGCAGAAGGACAGCCAUUCGACCCUGAAAAGGCGGAGAAUAUGGAGGAGAUUGAAAUGCAAUUUGCUGUGAAGGCAGUGCAUCAAGCAGAAACAUAUUGGUCAUUAUUGGAGAAGGUCCCAGGUUCCCAGUUGAGACUUACCAAGUUUGACGAUGAUAUUUUCAACAGGUUAUUGGAGGAUUUUCCAGAGUUUAAGGAAAAGUCUGCUGCUGCUUCAUUGAAUGAAGAUGAAAUGAAAUCAGCUCAGGGUAAGACAAAGUGGAGAAAGUUCUGCGACAGCUUUAAAGAUAUCGAAGAUUUCAACUUUGGUACACUUUUAAGAUUAAGAGCGGACCAGGAGCCAAUGAACCCUCAAACACAAUGGAAAGACCAAGCAAGUAGCCUGUUGCCACAGAAUCUGAAUGAACCAACCUACACAUUGCCAGGGGUGAUCAAUUACCUCACAUCUGAAUUUACAAACUUGGAAAGGUUCAAGAUCAUGACCAAUUUGGAGAAGUCAGAGAUGAAGUACAGGAUAUUACACCUAGAAGGAGAGAUCAAGACUUUAAAAUAUGCCAAUCAGAAGCAACAGGCGAAGUUAGAUAGCUUGGAAAAGGAAAAUAUGCUUUUGAAGAGCAAAAGCAAGGGGGAAACCACCAGGGAAGAUGUCAAGGAGGAAUCUGACUACCCUGUCACACCUUCAGAACCAGACUUGGAAGCAAUCAAGAAAUCAAGACAGCAAUUAAAAGACUCGAUGAAGGAGAUUAUAUCGUUAUUAAGGUCCCCGUCGUCACGGUUGGGAGAGCUCAAUAUUUCAGAGGAGAAUCACCACGAAAUCGAAGAGAUGAUUGAGAAUAGCGAAGAUGAUUUCGUAUUCGCACAGGGGUCCAAUUCACCAAAGUCUAACAUAAUAUCUCGUUUCUUUGAUGAUGAUAUUCCAGAACAGAAGGAGGCAGAACAGAGGGAAGUUGAGCAGAAGGAGCUUGAUAAAAGUGGGGCUGACCAUAUGGAGCUAGACAGGAAGGAGGAAACGUUGGAACGUUCUCUAACCAACGAGAGUGAGAUGACAGUAAUUGAUACCAAUGAAGAGGAAGAAUCAAUUCAGCCUGAAACGGAAGCCCAGAAUGAGGAUAUUUCAAAAACGAGAACAUUUGACCACGAUGGGGUUAUUGUCAGGCUAAGCUCUGUCCAAGAUAGGGUGGCACUUACUCAAGAAGGCAAUUCAACAACUGGGGAGCUAACCUUGAGUCGAUUUGACGAAAUUCAAAAUAUAUUUGUACUACCCAACGGAGCUUAUCUCAUCAUUGGAAAAGAUAUCAAUUUGUUCAGCAAGGGAGGUGACGAAAAAAUGUUGAUUCCGACAAAGAGCAGUUUUUCACAGGUGAACACUAGCUCUCUUAUAGAUAUGACCACACCCGAUGAUAAAGGCAAGACGUUUGGUCUUGUUAUUGCUGGGUUCUCAAAUGGGACGAAAUCUUUUUUAUCAAAGGUGUACCAGAUAUCUAUCGAUGAACAAGUCAAACAUAAAGAAGUUGGCAGUUUUAAUAGAAAAUUCUUUAGUAAGAUCAAAGGUGGGUCUGAUAUCACAUUCAUGGCUUGGAAUCGCGAGACUAUAAAGUCUCUGCCAUCCUCUCCUAACAAAAAUGGAAGCAAGAAUAGUGCUGAUUCACGGUUGAAAUACUAUGAUCUCACAUAUAAAGUUGGAGAUCAAUAUUGCAGGAGUCCUUUAUCUCUUCUCAAACAAGCUGCCAUGUCCAAGUCGUUUGAUGAUUUCGUGAAGCAGCAACAGGCUCAGCAAAAGCCGAAAACGUAUGGAUACAGAAAUGCCAAUGCUGGUGGGCAACAAUAUAAUUUUAACAACACAUUUGUUCCAGGACAAUACCAGCAACAACAGUAUCAGGGUUACCAACCGUCCCAAGGGCAGCAGUUCCAAGGGCAACAGUUCCAAGGGCAGCAAUAUCAGGGAUAUAACCAAGGCAGAUACUACAACAAGCCUUCGCAAAGCAACCAAGGCUCAUCUGUCGCAUCACCAAUUGAUUCUCUUCCUACAAGUGGAAGAAGCACACCAAAUCCAAAUGCAUCAACAACGUCCUUGACUUCGUUAAACACAGCACUUUCGAAAUUGAAUGUUGACGUACCUUUCCAUGAAAACUUGUCCAAUAUUGAAAAGGCAAGUAAGAUCGGCGAGGUCAAGACGGAAGUGACUGCUAUUGUAACUCAGAUUGCAGAACAAGACAGCUUGGCAGUUAUAAAUGAAUGGAAGUUGAAUGACAUCCUAAAGUCAUUAUUGAAACCAAAGAACUCGCCAUUGGUCAAAGAAGGGGCUUUGCUUAUCAUUCAACAAUUGGCAGUUCAAUUUGGAGGACAGACACCAAAGGAGUGGUUUCUUUUACAGUUUUUUGCCACGGCGUACGACAUGUUUACUGAUAAGGACAAAAAUGUUGUCAAAGCAGCCAAAUCAGCUACUGAUUCCUUAUUUGGUAUCUACCCAGUUGAAGCUUUGGGCUCAGUAGUGUUGGAUGAAUACUUGUCAAUUUUUAAAUCAGGCGCCAAAUGGAACAGCAAAGUUGCAGCUUUGGAAAACUUCAAUAAAAUAAUUGAUACAGUACCUGCUGAUAUUUUGGAAUUGAAAUUCGUCGAUGUGGUGCCAGUAUUGACUGACUUGUCAACAGAUUUCAAACCGGAAUUGGCAAAAUCAGGGUUAAGCACAUUGAAAAGGUUUGUUAAAGUUUUGGAUAACUUGGACUUGCAAAACAAGUAUGAUUUAAUUGUUGAUACCUUGGCCGAUCCAAAACAGGUCCCUGAAUGUAUCAAGAAUCUUUCUUCCGUCACAUUUGUCGCAGAAGUUACCGAGCCAGCAUUGUCUUUGUUGGUUCCUAUUUUGGACAAGUCGUUGAAAAUGUCGUCAUCUUCAAACGAACAAUUGAGACAGACGGUUAUGGUAACUGAAAAUUUAACAAGAUUGGUGAACAACAAGAGAGAAAUCGAGACAUUUAUUCCAAUUCUUUUACCUGGUGUCGAAAAAGUUGUCAAUAAUGCUUCCUUGCCCGAGGUUAGAGAGAUUGCUGAUAAAGCAUUCAGAGUAUUGAAGGAUGCCGAGGCCGAACAGACUGAUGGAAAAUUCCACGGCAGAAUAAGUUUGAAAGAAGCGGAGAACUUCUAUACUGAGAAUUUACCAGAAGAGGUGGAGAAACCAUCGAGUGUCAAUAGCGAUUAUUUGGAAUACCUCGGUAAAGUCCUUCAAGUAGAUGCUCACGUCAACGACUGGAAGAGAUUGGCUGAAUACUUGACAAUGAUUUCAAAGGAUGAUGAAAAAUACGCACAAGCAGUCACUGCCAAUGUCAAACACUUGUUCAACCCAGAAGCAACUCUGGAUGGUGCAAAUGAUGAUGGUUCCAUUGAGAUUGUCAAUGCUGAUUUUUCUUUAGCAUAUGGUUCUCGUAUGUUGUUGAACAAGACAAACUUGAGACUCUUGAAGGGUCACAGAUAUGGAUUAUGUGGUAGAAACGGUGCUGGUAAAUCCACCUUGAUGAGAGCUAUUUCCAAAGGUCAAUUAGAAGGAUUUCCCUCUGCCGAUGAGUUAAAAACCUGUUUUGUUGAACAUAGAUUACAAGGAUCCGAAGCAGAUAUGGAUUUGGUCAGUUUCAUUGCUUCUGACCCAGAGUUGGCCAAUGUUGAAAAGAAUGAGAUCAAGUCGGCAUUAUUUGAUGUUGGCUUUUCUGAGGAGACAUUGGUAAAGAAUGUGGGUUCUUUGUCUGGGGGUUGGAAGAUGAAGUUGGAAUUGGCCAGAGCAAUGUUGAUGCAUGCAGAUGUUUUGUUGUUGGAUGAACCUACAAAUCAUUUGGAUGUUGGAAACGUCAAAUGGUUGGAGCAAUACCUUGUUGAUCACACUGAAAUUACCUCAUUGAUUGUUUCCCACGAUUCCGGAUUCCUUGAUGCCGUAUGUACCGAUAUUAUCCACUAUGAAAAUAAGAAACUAGCAUACUACAAGGGUAACUUGUCUGAGUUUGUCAAGGUUAAGCCAGAAGGAAAAUCAUACUACACUUUAACGGAUUCCAAUGUCAAGAUGGCAUUCCCACCUCCUGGUAUUCUCACAGGUGUCAAGUCAAACACUAGGUCAGUUGCACGUAUGUCCAAUGUGACAUUCACCUACCCAGGUGCCGCAAAGCCAUCUUUAAAUAAUGUCUCAUGUUCAUUGUCGUUGUCGUCAAGAGUAGCUAUUGUUGGUCCUAAUGGUGCUGGUAAAUCUACGUUGAUUAAGCUACUCACUGGUGAAUUGAUUCCAGCUGAGGGGAAAGUUGAAAAACAUCCGAACUUGAGAAUUGGGUACAUUGCGCAACAUGCGUUGCAACACGUUGAACAGCAUAAGGAGAAAACUGCCAAUCAAUAUUUACAAUGGCGUUAUAGAUUUGGUGAUGAUCGUGAGGUUCUAUUAAAAGAAUCGAGAAAGAUUUCUGAUGAAGAAAAAGCAAUGAUGGACAAGGAGAUUGAUAUUGGGGAUGGUAGAGGUAAAAGACAAGUUGAGGCCAUUGUUGGUAGACAAAAGUUGAAAAAAUCUUUCCAAUAUGAAGUCAAAUGGAAGUACUGGUUACCAAAGUACAACUCUUGGGUCCCUAGAGAAACUUUGUUGGAAGAAGGAUUUGAUAAGCUUAUACAAAAGUUUGAUGAUCAUGAAGCUUCAAGAGAAGGUUUGGGUUACAGAGAAUUGAGUCCAAAAGUUAUUCGUAAACAUUUCGAAGAUGUUGGUUUGGAUGGAGAAAUUGCUGAUCACACGCCUAUGGGAUCUUUAUCAGGUGGUCAAUUAGUCAAAGUGGUUAUUGCUGGAGCUAUGUGGAACAACCCACACUUGUUGGUUUUGGAUGAACCUACAAAUUAUUUAGACCGUGACUCAUUGGGAGGUUUAGCCAUUGCAAUUAGAGAAUGGUCGGGAGGUGUGGUUAUGAUUUCGCACAACAACGAAUUCGUGGGAGCUUUAUGUCCUGAGCAAUGGCAUGUUGAAAAUGGACAAGUUGUUCAAAAGGGAAGUAUUGCUGUCGAUGCAAACAGAUUUGAAGAUGGAGGAAGUGAGUCUGCUGAGGGAUCACCAGCACCAGAAGUCAAGAAACGUGCUGACGAUGAUGAUUCGCCUGCUAAUAUUAAAGUUAGAACCAGAAAGAAGAAGAUGACUAGAAAUGAAAAGAAAGCUCAAGCUGAAAGAAGAAGAUUGAGGUAUAUUGAAUGGUUGAGCUCUCCUAAAGGAACACCAAAGCCAGUUGACACUGAUGAUGAAGAGGAAUAG